AUGGUAUCUAUGCCUUUAGCCAAUCACUUUAUGUUAAGUAAAUCUCAAAGCCCCAAGUCUGAUUCUGAGUUGGUUAAAAUGGAAAAUGUACCUUAUUCUAAUGCAAUAAGUUCAGUUAUGUAUGCUAUGAUUAGUACUAAACCAGACAUGUCAUUUGCUAUUUCUCUGCUUAGUAGGUUUAUUUCUAAUCCUGGAACUGAACAUUGGUAUGCAUUAAAAUGGUUGUUGAGGUAUAUCAAUAGUACAUCACAUGUUGGUUUGGAAUAUUGUAAGAGAGGUAAUGCACUUGAUCUUGUGGGGUAUGUAGAUUCUGAUUUUGCAGGAGACAGGGAUACUAGGAAGUCAACUACCUCUUAUUUCUUCACUUUUGGUGGAAAUUGUGUGAGUUGGAAGUCUCAGCUACAACCAAUUGUAGCACUAUCCACAACUGAGGCAGAAUAUAUAGCAGUGGCAGAUGUGUUUAAGGAAGCUUUGUGGCUUCGAGGAAUUAUGUCAGAAGUAGAACUAAUGGAUGGUGUAGUGACAAUAUAUUAUGAUAGCCAAAGUGCAAUACACUUGAGUAAAAAUCUUGUCUACCAUGAGAGGACCAAGCAUGUGGAUGUUCGAUUCCAUUUUUUUAGAGACUUGGUAGCACGGGGAGUGAUUAAUCUGAAAAAGGUGGCGACUGAAGACAAUCCGACAGAUUUAGGUACCAAAGUUGUUACUACUGCCAAGUUCAAGCAUUACUUGGACUUGUUGUUUAUAAAAUAG